AUGAAGCCAAUCAAGUAGAUUCCUGAAGGAGAAAGAACAAAAACAAUUUACACUCUGAUUAAAGAUCAAAAAUAUAAUGAUGCUAUUUAGUAUCUUAAUUACGAAUUACAAUUCACUCCUAGAAGCAGAGCACUCUCAUUAUUAGCUUAUUGCUAUUACAUGAAUUAAGAUUUUAGUAAUGCUUCAAAAAUUUAUGAGUAGCUAGUCAACUAUUAUCCUGAUGUAGAUGAAUACAAAUUAUAUUUUGCUCAAACUCUCUACAAAGAUGGUUUAUAUGAUGAAGCAUUAAAGGCUUGCCAAAGUAUUAGAAACUCCUAGUAUUAAUAGAAGCUUAUUCAAUUGCAAGUUUUGAUUAGAUAUGAAAAGAAUGAAAUAGACCAUGCUAAGACGCUACUUGCUCAAGGAGAUCCUGAUGAUCCUGAAACUAUAAUAAAUGAAGGUUGUAUUCUUUACAAAGAAGAAAAAUAUGAAGAAGCAAGAUAGAAGUUUUAAGAUGCAAUCAACAAGAUUGGCUAUAAUACCGAAAUCGCAUACAAUGUUGCACUUUGUCAUUAUAAAAUGAAAUAGCUUGGUCCAUCUCUCGAAAAUAUUGCAGAAAUUAUUGAAAAAGGUGUCAGAGAACAUCCUGAACUCGGAGUUGGCUCCAAUGCUGAAGGAAUUGAAGUAAAGAGUGUAGGUAACACUUAAGCAUUGAAGGAAACUGCUUUGAUUGAGGCUUUCAACUUAAAGGCUGCUAUUGAAUACACAAUCAAGAACAUUCCUGCUGCUAAAGAAGCUCUCCUCGAUAUGCCUCCUCGUACUGAAGAAGAAUUAGAUCCAGUUACCUUGAUGAAUCAAGCUUUGAUGAACAUGGAAGAUGAUCCUUCAAGUGGAUUUAAAAAAUUAAAUCAUCUUUUAUCUAAUCCUCCUUUCCCUCCUGAGACUUUCCCCAACUUAUUGGUCCUUUAUUGCAAGUAUUAGUACUUUGAUUUAGCUGCUGAUGUCUUAGCAGAAAAUUCUGAUCUCACUUUUAAGUGCAUUAAGCCUGAAGAUUUUGAAUUUAUCGAUGCUUUAAUUUUACAAAAUGCAUCUCCUGAAGAAGCUUUCCGUAAAUUUGAUGCCUUGGCUAACAAGCACAUAGAUCAAUUACGUAAAAUUACUAAGAACAUCUAAGAUGCUCGUUAAUAACGUGAUAGUGAUGCUAUCCGUAGAGCUCUCAAAGAAUUCGAUGAAUGCAUAGAAAAAUAUAUUCCUGUUUUGAUGGCUUAGGCUAAAAUAUAUUGGGACAGAGAAAAUUACGCUGCAGUUGAAAAGUUAUUUAAAUAAUCUGCUGAAUUUUGUGCUGAUCAUGAAACUUGGAAACUUAAUGUUGCAAAUGUCUUUUUCGUAUAAGACAACAAAUACAGAGAAGCAUUACGUUACUACGAACCUAUUGUAAAAAAAUAUAAUGACAAUCUUCUUCAACUUCAAGCUAUGGUGAUAGCAAACCUUUGUGUUUCAUAUAUAAUGGUAAACUAAAAUGAAGAUGCUGAAGAAUUAAUGAGAAAAUUGGAACGUGAAGAAGAUAAAGCAGCUGUUUAAGAACCAGAUAAAAAUGUUUAUCAUUUGUGCAUCGUUAACUUGGUUAUUGGUACACUCUAUUGUGCUAAAAAUAAUUAUGAAUUCGGUAUUUCAAGAAUUAUAAAAUCUCUUGAACCCUUAAAUAAAAAGAUUAACACUGAUACCUGGUAUUAUGCUAAGAGAUGUUUCUUGGCUUUAAUUGAAACUAUGGCUAAAUAAUAAAUUAUUCUUAAAGAUCAAUCCAUUAUUGAAAUAAUAGACUUCUUAGAUUAGGCAGAUACUUAAUGCAAAACUAUUCCAUCUGUUAUAAACCCCUUAGAAGCUUUAGACGAAAAGAAAACUGUUUCAUACGAAGCAAGAUUAUUAAAGAGAAUGAUUUUCAAGUUAAGAAAUUGA